CGGCGGGCGCGUAGCCGCCGACCCUUGGUGGUCUCUUGGGCUGGGGACCCUUCCCUGGGAGUCGGCCCCGGCCCCGGCGGGGCGGGCGUUGCCGGGAGGCGGAGGGGUGCGCGGCCGCGAGUCCUGCGUGAUCGCGAGCAUGUGUGCGUGCGCGUGUUUAUCUGAGGCGCGUGCGGCGGCCACCCCAGCCUAGUCCUCUUCUUGGUGCCACUGGCUAACUAGGUUGAGAAACCGGCGCCACAGGCGGCACACCUGGCCCGGAGCUGGCCCGCUCCUCCCCGCCGAGCCGGCGCCCCAAGAACGCGCCCUCUCCCAGUCCGGCCCUGGCCGUGAGGGAGCGCUGUGGGGGCGCGCUGCCUCCUGCCUGGAAGUGUUGGGCAGGUGGUGGGAGAGCUUCAGGCUUGAACAACAUGAUUUUAAAGCACGUGUCUGUCUGUCGUUUUUUACUUUUAGGGUUUUGGCCAAAUUGGGCGAGGGCACAAAAUAACCACUUACCCCUUCUCACCGAGGAAGAGCGGGAGAAAGGGUAUGGCACAGUCACAAGGGUGGGUGAAAAGAUACAUCAAGGCCUUUUGUAAAGGCUUCUUUGUGGCGGUGCCUGUGGCAGUGACUUUCUUGGAUCGGGUCGCCUGUGUGGCAAGAGUAGAAGGAGCAUCGAUGCAGCCUUCUUUGAAUCCUGGGGGGAGCCAGUCAUCUGAUGUGGUGCUUUUGAACCACUGGAAAGUGAGGAAUUUUGAAGUACACCGUGGUGACAUUGUAUCAUUGGUCAGCAGCACAGCAAGUGGAUAAAAGCACAGACUCUGGAGCCAGCCUGUCUAGAUUCAAAUUUUAUUUACUCUAUCUGUGAUCUUGGCCUCAUUAAGUUAUCUCUGUUUUAGUUUUUUUCCUAUGGUUAAUGAUAGUCCCAACCUCAUAGAAUAGCUUUGAACAUUCAGUGAGUUAUUCCACAUGAAGCACUUAGAGGAACUAUUACUAUUCAAGUGUUUCAUAACAAAGUAUAAUCAUUUGACAAUAAAUAAACUAAUAUACUCAUUUGGUAACACACACAGACCCACACACACACACACACACGCAGACACACACACAUACACGUAUGUCAUCCACUAUUUGCAAUUGUGAGAUUAUACUCCCAGAAGUAAUUUUAGAAUGAAUAAAGGUAGAAGCAAAUAAAUCUGUGAAGUGUCGUCUGUGAAGCUUAAAAGACAGAAAUUAUUGCAAUAAUCUCACCUUAAUAUGUCUUCUUUAAAUAGUAUUUUUGCCCCAGGUAAAAACUGUCAUCUACUGAAAUAUUUUUACAACAACUUUAUUGAGAUAUAAUUCAUAUACUGUAGGUUUCACACUUUUAAUGUACGUAAUUCCAUGAAUGUUAAUAUAUUUACAGAGUUGUACGUUAUUACCCCUAUGGAAUUUCAGAACAUUUGUCCUUAUCCCCAAAAGAAACGCACACACUCUAGCAAUCAUUCCCUAUUCCUUCCUCUACCCUAGGGCUAGCAAGCACUGUCUACUUCUACUUUCUGUUUCUAUAGAUUUGCCUGUUUUCACUAUUUCAUGUAAUUGGAAUCAUACAAUAUUUAACUUAUUGUGAGUGGAUUCUUUCAGUUAGCAUAAUGUUUUCAAGAUUCCUCAAUAUUUUAGCAUGUAUCAGAAUUUUAUUUUUAUUGCCAAAUAAAAUUCCAUUGUAUAGAUGUACCACGUUUUAUUAUCCAUUCAACAGAUGAUGAAAACUUGGGCUGCUUCUAUUUUUUGCCUGAUAUGAAUAAUGUUACUAUGAACAUUGGUGUAGAGGGUUUAGCAUAGACAUAUGUUUUCGGUACUCUUGGGGUGUAUACCUAGGAGUUGAAAUGCUGGGUCAUAUGGUAACUGUAUUUUUAACAUUUUCAGGAACUACCAAACUGUUUCCCAAAGCAGCAAUUUAAAACCAUAGAAAGCUCACUGUUCUUAGCAAGAUUCAGCUAUUUUUCUUGAAUAAAUUCUUCUUGGAACAUUGCAAGCAUUUGUUUAACUUUUGGAAUUCUGAAAAAGUUUAUUUUGACAAUUGUUUGUGUUUUGGUUGCUUUUAUGGAGGAGUAGAUUUUUGGAGGUCCUUACUUUACCAUUCCAGAAGUGGUCGCUCCUGCCUCGCAACCACUAAAAUUAAAACAGUCUGUCUAUGGAGGGCUAGAGCCACUAAUGUGCUUUCAGGCCCAGAGUGAAUCAGAGGACUAAGCCUAAGGAGUCUGAAUCUCCAUGGUGGAAAAGUAAUGAGAGGAGAAAGGAGCUAUGUCUCAGAGAAGAGUGCAAUAAAGUGACCUACUGGAUAAAUCCCUUUUUAUGUGGCUGCUUAGAGAUAUUGCCAACAGGUGUUCUCAUAUUUUUCCAUGCAUGUUGAUGUAAUCCUUCCAGUUUACAAGUCUCUGUUGCCUACAGACAACUUUCAGUCAAUGCUCUCAUUUUGGAGGGAAACCAUUGGGAAAGAUAAAGAAUUUCAGAAAAGUCCCAUGCAAGACCUUUAUAUUAAUUAAACCAAUUUCUUAUUGAUUUAUAUGAACCAUCAAUCACAAGAUAUUUGAGGAAGAUUCAAAACAGUGAAUGUAUAGGACUGAAUUUAAAACAACAACAACAACAGCAACAACAACGGCAGCAACAACAGCCCCCUGACCUGAGAGGAAACAAAAUUUAGUUAGGGAAUAAUGGAAAACUUAUAGAAAUUAUAAAUUCUUCCAAAUAAUUUGAGAGAAUAUUGAGUCUCUAAAACAAGAUUAGCAUCUAAGAAAAAGGAACAGAUAAUAAGAAAUAGCUUUUCAAAUUAAAAUGUGAUUGUGAAAGUAGAAAACUAAAUAGAAGAGCUCUGAAAUAAUUGGAGCCACAGGAAGAACAAAUUAAUUAUUAUGAAUAUAAAGCCAAGACCUUAGCCAAGAAACGUAUGACACAAAGAUGGAGCCAAUGAAAGAAAUGUUAGGAGAUGGAGGAUACAUUUAGUAGCAGCAGCAUCUGUCAAACUCAGUGUUACCUCUGGCACCCAGUUAAGGCUUCUGCCUCCAGAACACAUCUAAUUCAAUUGCAGAUAGAACAAUAUCGAUUUGUUUUUUUCAAAACGUUUCUUUCUUAAUUCCCUUCUUCAUCCAUUAACUUAAUAAAUAUUUUUUAAGAUCUUUUUACAUUCCUGUUACUGUGUUGACCCUGGGCAUAGAGCAGACUUGGUUCUUGCCCUCGUGGAGUUUACAAUUUAGAUGAUAGAGCAGGAUGUAGGGGCUCUUGCUUUCUGUGCAACAUUUAAUAUUAACUCUGCCUAGGCUGCUGGAAAUGCACUUCUAAGAUGUUUGACUGUUCUCCUAUUAGUUUUUGAGGUCUGGUUCUAAGCUAAACAAACAGGCUAUCAUUUGGGUUCUAGUGGCAAUUUCUGUACUCCCUAUAAGUAUGCUUAUUUUUAUUUGGUGUUUUUCUUGGAUUAGAGGGAGGAUUUGAGAAGGCAUUCUUGAUCCAGAUAAGUGAAAGGGAAUUUAACAUUAAAAGAAAAAUAAUAUUUAGCUCUUUUUAAAGCUAGCAAGAAAUCAGAGAAACAAGAUAAUCUUCCCUCCCUCCCUCCCUUCCUCCCUUUCCUCCCCUCCCUCCCCCACCUCUUUCCUUCCUGAUAAAAAAGCAUGUUAUAUUGACAAGAACAGCACAGAUCCAUCUAUUUUGAAUUAUAAGUUUUUAAUUAGCAUUUGUAGUUCCCUGAAAGAUAUUUUAGCUAUUGCACUCAUUUGUGGGUAUAUUACAUAACAACUUCUCUUCACUUAUUUUUAUAUUCCUCUGAAUUCAUUUUUAACCUUCAGACAAAAUUUAGUUUUUGUUGAUAUUCCUUUAAUCUCACCUAAGUCAGUAUAUGUGCAUUCUAGCUUCCGUACUUUUCAAUAAUUACUCUGAAUGGGCAUUGAAUGAUGAAUGGAGCCAACAUAUCCAGAGAAUAGCUGACUUUUAGCAUUUGCCUUUAACAGCACAAUUUGCCAAAUGCAUCCUUUGGAAUAGUGUUUUUAUUUGUUUAUUUAUUUUUAAGUGCUCUGAGUUAUACACAUUGUUUUUCUCCCAAGUUUUUGCUUCAUAGAAUUGUGCUUCUUAGUAAGAAGUAGCUCAUGAUUCUAAUAGUCCCUUAGUAUUACUUAAGUCUUUGCAACCACCAGACUCAGGAUUCACCCUGACGCGAUGCUCAGUUGACACUUGAGAGCAAGUGGGAAGAGUUCACCUAAUGCGUCAUCUAGGGUACAUGCUGUUCCUAUUGUAUCUUCUUACUUACUUGGCAUUCCACUGGAACAAAUUGUUGAUUUUAUUAUCAAAUCCAUUAUCAUUCUGAACUUCUUACUAUCUCUGCUGCUGCUUGGCCUACCCAGACCAGAGCAAUGGCCUUUUGUUUGGUCUCUGAUAAUUAAUUCUUCCUAAUAGAGCCAGUGAGUUAAAUAUCUAGAUGACAUUGUUUUCAUUUAAAUAGGUAAUAGACAUACACAGAUAAAAUUGAAAAGGCACAACAGCCUAUACAGUGACAAGUAAGUCUCCUUCCUGCUUCUGUCCUCCAGCCACAGUUCCUCUCUACAGAGGCAACUACACAUAUUCCCUUUUGACAUAUGUGCAUAUGUUCACAAAGCUGCUUCUUGCUAGAUGAAGAUCCAAAUCCUUAGUAUAUUUCAUAUACUUGCAUGAGUAUAUGUCUUCAGUUGUAUUUCUCAGCAUAUUCUCUAGUUUCCUCUCCUCCAGCCACACUGUACCUAGACAUAUUCUUUUGUUGUAGAUCCUACCUUGCUUUUCCCAAACUCUACACAACAUAUGCACAUUUCUACCCUGAAGGUUCUUCCUCCUCCUUUGCACCUAUUUAGCUCAACUCUCCCAGGUUAGACAAUAUCUUCUCAGAGAAAUCCUCCCUGAACCUACAGUUCAGAUCAGGCCCCUUUAAGACAAUAUUCAUGUUUUGCUUUCAUAACAUUUAUCACAGUUUGUAUUUAUAUAUUUAAUGAUCAUUUGCUUAAUGUCUUUCUCCUUUGCAAGACUGUUAGUAACAUUAGGGCCUGUAUGUUGCUCGACAUUGUUUACUCAGUACUGGCACAUAAAUAGUUAAGAAACAUCUAUUGAAUAAAUGCUCAAGAAUCCUCAUUUGCUUGUGGGAGGUAUCUCUUUCAUUGUAAUCCAUUCACUUAUUUCUUGUCUACUGUUUUUUAUAUGGCCAGUCUCCUAGAAUUUCUGUCUCCCGUGGAUUUUUUAACUCAGCAACUCUUAAAUAAGCAUAAGUAUUUUGGAUAGUAAGAAAGGGGAAAAAGAAGUGAAAACUGUAGGAACACAAAGGAAAGGAUGAUCCUGUCACUUCUGAGAUAGACACACUGUAUUUGAGCUACUGUACCAAUGAGCAUUAUGAUCAGCUUCUCUAUGGAAGGUCUAAUUUCUCCCUUAAACUCUCCAAAUAUAUCUGACUCCCAGCUUAUGUGACUUUCGAACUCUAAGAUCCACAAGGGCAGAAAUUAUGAUCUAUCUUGCUCACUGCUAUAUUCCUAGAAUUUACUACUAUUCCUGUGAAGUAGACAUUGACUAGAUAUUGUCUAACUGGAAGUUUAAAUUGAAUGUGGCCAUAUUGUGUAUUUACAGAAGUAUUGUAGGAAGAGGAACUUGCAGUUAUUCAGGGAAACUCUGGCACAUUAUGUUACUAAUGUCAAAUACUGGGGAGACAUAGAGAAGUAUUACUUGUGCUCAUAGUUUUGGCUCUGCUUUUCUCUAGUAAAUGUAGUAGGUUUUGUCAUAACAUGAUGGGUUUGCCUUGUAAGAAAAAUAGAGAUUUUGUUAGUCCAGAAACAAUAAUUUUAUUUGACAAUGUUGCAGUGUAUCUGUGACACUGAGAUGGAAAUAAUAAUUUUUUAAAAAGUUUUCCAAACAGGGUAGGGUAAUGAAUGAAUAAGGGAAAUAGAAAACUAACCAUUUUAAAGCUUUGGUUAGAUCAUUGAUUAGUGCAUAUGGGCUACUUUGAAUAUACAGUAUCUGCACUGGUUUAUUUCUAAUGGACAAAGAGAUUACUAGUGUUAUUAUUUAAAAUGAGAAUGCAUUUUCUCACGUAGAUAGCACAAUAAAUAUCCUGAGAUUCAUAUGGCCCUGAUGGAGGAUCAGUCACUGACUGUGGUUUAUAUUUACAUUCUGUGCCUUUCCACAGUUACAGUUAUCUUUUUUAAAGGUAUUAUUCCAUUUCUUGGCUUUAGUAAGAGGUGCCUGUAAAAGAAUUCUUUCAUUUGAAAUCAGUGAAACAGGAAUUUAUAAGCAAAGGAAAAUUGAUUGCUAAGAAAUAAAUAUUUGUGAAAUGACCCAAGGUGAGUUUUAAAAAAUGUGUUUGGAUAGAGCAUUUCUACUUUAUUUUCUUAAAAAUCCAAAAUUGUUGGUCUUUCAUGGGGAACAUCUCAGUACUUUUAGGAUAACACCUGUUGUUAUGGAUUUAUUUUUGAAUUUUUGACCUCAAGUGUGAAUGCUGCAUAGCCUUGUGUCAUGAGUGUUUACCUCGCUUAUUUAGCCUGGCGCAGAGGUUGGGGGUUGGGGGUAGGAUUCCUCAAAUAUGUAUUCAGAAAAUUAAAUUACUUCUUAGUAGUUAUAACAUCACAAUUGCAUUUAAUAUUUAUACAGUAUCAUAAUUAUCUGUCACCUCUUUUUGAAAUCCAUGCUUUUGUUUUCUUCUCAUUGUGUAAUAAAAUGGCAGUUUCCAAAGAUGGAUGUCUUUAGUUUUUAAAUGACAUGUUGAUUGUUUUCAUGAUAUCUGCAAAUAUUUUUGUCUUUUUUGACCUCAGAACAAAUGUAAAGCAUUGAUUGGAGCACACACAAAAGUUAGGAAAUAUGCUGCUUGGCAACUGAGUAAAAGUAAAUAUAUAGUCUCUUAAACUUCCAAAAAAGUAUACAAUAGUACAGGAUGGGUUCUAUUCACAAGCUUUCUGUCUGUAAUGUAAAAGGUAUCACAAUCUAAAAAUAAAAUCAGAAUGAUGAAUUUCAGUGACAACAAUAAAAGUUUUGGGACCGUGAGAGUUGUUCAUCUAAUUGAGGGCACUGCCUUUUCUUGUCCUCAGGUAUAGGAUAUUGCUCCAUUUUAAGCCAUUGAGGGAGAAGGGCUUUAUAUUUAAAUUGCAAGCUAAUAAAUAGUCUUUUUCUCAUUAACACACAUGACCUUUAUGAUUUGUGCUCUCAUGCAUACUGGCCCAAUUUCUCAGUCUCUGUUAAUGAUGUUUGGAACCUCUGUUUAACAUGAAUUAUUUUCUACCUGAAUCCCUGUAAAUUCACAAUAGGUGUUAAUUGUAGUGAUCUGCUUGUCCUGUUCAGGAAAGAAAAAUAUCAAAAUGAACCCUACUUGUUGCACUUUUUCUGAUUACUUCAAUAUGUGUAUAAAAUGAUACUAUUUAUGAAAGUUAUGCAGGCAGCUUUGUAAUACUUCUGAUAUUAUGAUAUUAUAUAUAAUACAUGGGUUUCUUACUUCAAAUUAAGCUCUUUUCCUUCCUUCCUUCCUUUCUUUCUUUCUUUCUUUCUUUCUUUCUUUCUUUCUUUCUUUCUUUCUUUCUUUCUUUCUUUCUCUCUUUCUUUCUUUCUUUUUUGAGACAGAGUCUCACCCUGUUGCCCAGGCUGGAGCACAGUGGCGCGAUCUUGGCUCACUGCAACCUCUACCUCCUGGGUUCAAGCUAUUCUUGUGCCUCAGCCUCCUGAGUAGCUGGGAUUACAGGCAUGUGCCACCACACCCAGCUAAUUUUUAUGUUUUUAGUAGAGAUGAGGUUUCACCAUGUUGGCCAGGCUGGUCUCGAACUCCCGAUCUCAGGUCAUCUGCCUACCUUGGCCUCCUAAAGUGGUGGUAUUAGAGGCAUGAGCCACCGUGCCUGACCCUGUGUUCAGAUUUUCAGGUAUGCAAAAUUGAAUACUGAUCUUUAGGCACAGUGGCUCAUGCCUGUAAUCCUAGCACUUUGGGAGGCUAAGGCAGGAGGAUCUCUUGAGGCCAAGAGUUCGAUACCAGCCUGGGCAACAUAGUGAGACCCUGUCUCUACAAAAACAAAAUUAAAAAUUAGCCAGGCAUGGUGGUGCACACCUGUAGCCCUAGCUUUUUGGGAGCCUGAGGCAGGAGGAUCACUUUAGCCCAGGAUUUUGAGACCAGCCUGGACUACAUAGCGAGACCAUUUCUUAAACAAACAAACGAACAUCUCUAGCUCCUGGUUAAAUAUGAUUGAUUGAGCACAUGUGUUCAUCUGUUCUCACUGAAAUGUCACUAAAAUGCCAAUGAGGAAUAAAAACCCCCGUAAACCCACAAUGAUACAGAGAAUGGGAAGGAUACUAUAGUAGACCAGAGAUGUUUGCAGAUUUAUAAUUCUAUAGAGAGUUUGGGAAUAAAUUAUUGUAGGUAGAUAGAAAAUUAAGCAACCUAAAAAAAGAUAAAGCUAAGGCAGUGAUUAUCUGUAGGGAAUACAAAAUUAUACAAAAAAAAAAAAAAAAAAAGAAAGAAAUGUAACCCUGGCAUACUAUGUGGCUCAGGUCUAAUAAUUUAUAAUAAUGUAUAUAUUAAUGUUGAUUUAACAACAAAUUGUGAUAAAAUUAUAAUUUGAGGAAAGAUUGGGAGGGGAAAUGUGGAGGGGUUUAAGGGAGCUAAAUUCACAUUCUUUGUAGUAUUUCAAAGGAAUUAAAUUGUAUCAAAGACUUUAAAAGUAAACAUUAGUAUUAUAAGUAUGGAAUUUGGUGGUAACACCAGAAAAAAAAAAUCUGAGUUAAUUUUAUUGAUUCUCUUUUGCUUUCUCCAUCCCCAGUCACACCAGAGCCUACAGACACUAAUGCAUAGGGUAGAGACAAUUGCAGCUGGAAGAUCCGAGUGCUAGUCCUGACUCUUUCACCAACUAGCCAUUCAUUUUUCAAUUUAAAAAGUCAUAUUAUUUCAUAAUUCUUAAACCACUUCAUCACCCAAGUUCUGUACUAUGUCUCAUAGAUAUUUUCCUCUAUUAUAAGCAGAGUGUGUAAGAAGAAACUAUUUCCAGCAGCUCUCUCAAAUGUAUUAAUUUCUUAUUUGCUUUGUCACUCAGUGAUUUACCUAAGUGGCUUUAGAAUUACUCUUUCAGUGGAAGAAUAGACUAUUUUUCUUCUUAAAUGGCCAAACAGUCUUAAUAACUUGGGGGAUAGCGUGGAAUUACAUUUGCAUGAAUGAAGAGCAAUAGUUUCUUUGGUUGGGGCAGAUGGAAAUAUUUUCAGUUCUACAUCCUGUGACAUUUGUGAGAAGUUCAGAUAUUUCCAAAAUUGCAAAAAGCCAUCUGGCCAAAAUGGCUUGGCCCUGUUAACUUAUUUAGCCCUUCCCAAUUACAUUUCUUAGCUUUCCUUUCUCAUGUCUUACGUUCUCAGUUUUUACAAAGUUUAUUCAACAGUGAAUAUGAUAUUAAAUGAUGCAUAGUGUUUUGAAAGGCACCCAGCUAUUACGUUGAAUUUUAUUUAGGUUUCAGAACCCUGGAGAUUGAAUGGGCAUGCAGAAAAUAUCCAGUAUUGAUGCACCUGGGCUCAUGAAGACAUGAUCUUGUCCAAAGGUUCAUAUUAGCCAGGUCAUUGCUACUUCAUGUCAUAUCUGCCUUUGCCAACCAGUUUUUUGUUGUUAUUGUUGUUUUACAGGGCAGUAAAGAGCAGCUGAUAACAGACACAAGCCAAAUGAAGUCAAGUAAGCUAAUACUUAAAGUAGACAGAAGGCUUUGUCCUCUGAAAUCCCCCCUGAGUCUUGGUCUCCCUCUUUCCUUCUUGCCCCAACUCUGUCUUUUCUCUGUCCCUUUUUUCUUCCCUUGCCUUUUAGUCCUUAUGUCUCACUGUUUUUAGUUGGUUUCCUUAAUUUGAGUCUCUCUUCUUUCUUUUCUGAUCUUUAUUUUCAGUCCUAUUCAUUGAACUACAAGAAAAUAACAUAUGUAGGAAAUGUAAUUCUAACUGUGGUUUAGUAGAUGAGACCAUGGAAGGCUAGGAGGUAACUGUAGAAUUAAAAAUUAGAGUUUCAGUUUUUGAAGAGUGUUGCCAACAGCACAGGCAAUCUUGUCAGAGAAAGAAUUAUCCUAGUUUUUCCUUUCGCUGGGAAAUUGUGAGUUGAACCAGAUUUCCAGCAAGCAAAAUACAUUUUAAUAGGUAUUCUCUUUUCCUAGCUCAAAAUAGUUUUUUUUAUUUAGAGGAAAAUGUAUUUUGUUUCUACUUGAGGAAUUCGAGGUUUAUUGUUAUUUUUAUAAAGUGAAUAGACACUAUUUUAUGUGUCUUCUGUUACAAAAAGAACAACUUUCUAGAUGGGAGAGAUGAUUAACUUGCAUAUCAGGGUUAGGCUAAUUACUACUAUCUGUAAUUUUCCCAAAAUAUAUCUGAAAGCUGCUUAAUUGCUAUAGCAUUUUUUAAAAAGCUCUUUCCUUUCUCAUAGUUUUUCCCACCAUAGAUAAUUCUCAAUUAUUUCAGGGAAGUUGCCUAUCUUUGUAUCCCCUGAAGCUUCUAACAUUUUAGUUUCUUAGUAAAUACUUGUUGAACAAAAAGAAAUACCAAUCUAGUCCAGUCUCUGGCCCUUGUUACCUGUUUUUUGUAGUUUGUUACCUGUUCGUAGAAUCAUUUAGGAUUUUUGCUUCUGGGUAAUAGUGCCACUGUAAUUCCCAGAGCUUUAAAAUUGUGUCUUAAUUUAGAUCUUUUGUUAGCUCCGUUCCAAAAUUUUUUCCUCAUUGUACAAUGUAAAUAGGGCAAAGAUAAAAAAUCCAGGCUUAUUCCUUUUUUUUGGUGAAAUACUAGAUAUCAAAUGGAUAUCACAUUCAUUUAUUUGUUCAUUAUUCUCACAAUAGCCAAAUUGAAUCUUAAAUAAAGAGAUCAAUAGAGAUGAUUUAAAAGAUCAUGUCAACUGAAAAAUAUUUAGCAGUAUGGCAUUUUCUCCUAUAGUUGUGGUCUUUGAAUACAUCAUAAUUUUCAAUAUUUUCCCUUCCUAGAAAAUAAAUACAGGCAAUCUCUGUUGCCUUAAAGGGUUUUACAAGUAAGUUUUAUUACUUGAGGGUGCAGAAAUGCCAAGCUAUUCCAGGCAAGUGACCAAAUAAUGUCUGGGACUCUUUUUCUGGCAAAACAACUAACUAUCUUUUCAGGUUCAUGAGAACCAAAUAGGACUUCAGCUGAAUUUUUUUCUUUUAAAAUAGAAUUAUCUAUUGGCAGGACCUUAUCUCUAAUCUUUUUCUAGCUUUCUGUUUUCUUGUAGGACUAUUUUGAUUUAUUGUGAGCCAUUUUGCAGGGUUUUAUUUACAAGUUUUACCUAACUUGGAACAAGAAAUAACAUUUAUUUGUUUGCAGAUGCCUAGUACAAUUUAAAAUAGCAUAAGCGGUUAUAUAAGAAACAAUGAAUUAUAUUGCCUAUGUAAUACAAAGUAGCUACCACAACUAAAGAGAAAGACAAGCUACUUCCUUCUUACUUUGGUCUUAUGGCCCCUGGAGUUAAUUUAGGGCAGGAAAUGCCAGUGCUGGAGGGCUGCCACGUCAUUGGACAAAGUGAGAGCUUUUGGUUAUUUUCUUUAUGAGCUGUCACCCUAGUUUUGCUAGUGCUGAAGUGACAAUAGCAGAAGAAAAGCUUUAGCUAAAGGGACCUUGUUUUUUUCCAGUGGAACAAAAACAUCAAGAUUACUCUAGGCAAUAUGACAUUAUUCACAUUCACUAAAUCUUUUGAAAAGAAUGAAUGGAGUACCUUUUUGUAUUUUAAAGUAGGUUUAUAUAAAGGUGUAGCACAAGGCUGGUCAUGGUGGCUCAGGCCUGUAAUCCCAGCCUUUUGGGAGGCCUAGGGGAGCAGAUAGCUUUGAGCUCAGGAGCUCAAGACCAGCCUGCGCAACAUGGCGAAACCCCAUUUAUACAAAAAAAAUACAAAAAUUAGCUGGGUGUGGUGGCUCCUGCCAGUAAUCCCAGCUCCCCAGGAAGCUGAGGCUGGAGGAUCACUUGAGCCUGGGAAGCAGAGGUUGCAGGGAGCUGAGAUCAUGUCACUGCACUCCAGGCUGGGAAACAGAGUGAGACCCUGUCUAAAAACAAAAAACCAAAACCAAAAGUUGUAGCAUAUACAUCUGUACUUUAACUGAAUGAGAUUUUUAAAGUAUAAUUUCUUAAAUCAUUCAUAUUAAAGUUCUCAUAAAAAUCCAAGACUAGUUUCUGUUCUCCUUUGUUAGAGCUGUUGAAAUACCACUUAGUUUUUAGAAAUGGACUGCUUCUGACUGUGCUUUUAUCAUUCAGAGCAUUGAAGUAGUAAUUUAAUAUUUUUAUUCCUCAAAUCAAAUUAUUUUUUCCUAUCUUUGCUCUGCUUCUUGGCUUAUCAAGCUUGAUUAUUAUAUUUGCCUUUUCUUAUUUUGAGCAAUGUGGUCUGAGUGUAUGAAAUAGAAAAAAAUGAUCUUACUAAGUAGAUAAAACAAUAUGGUAGUGUUUUUGCAUAAUGGAAAAAUUGUGAAUUCUGGCUUAACAUAUUUUUUUUGCCAUGAUUAGGAAAUGGUGAAAUGAAUAAUUACCAACUAACACUGAUUAAAAUUCUUUACUUCCAAUGGAAAAUACCAUUUUUAUAAGGUAUCUAGAUGGCUCUUCCAGCAUGCUUAUUAUUAUAAAUUGAAUAUAGAAUGAGUCUUCUCAUAAAUAAAGCUUACUUUAUUUCUGUUAUACCACUAUAAAUGCUAUCAAAUAGCUGAGGUGGAGGAGGUUUACCACAUUUCCACCAAACCUUAUUGCCACUAGAAAGUGAACUAACCCACCAUAUUUUUGCAGCAUUUCAACAUGACAAAGACUCUAUAUCGUUAGCCUCUAGAUUUAUGCAUUUCUGUUUGUUUGUAGUGAGAUUCUUAAUUCUGUGCUGUUAUGAUAAUAACAGCAAGCUAACCACCUUUCAACAGCAAGCUAACCACCUUUCAACCUUUCAAUUUGUUUAACAUGGAGAACAAAUCCCUGUCACUACCACCUGUAAAAACUUGCUAGUGAUGUUCCUUAAAGUUCCUUACCUGAAAUUUCUUACUUAUAAUAUAAAAUAUGGUUGCUGAAAGAAUCUUUCUCAUAGAGGUUAAAUGAGUUUAUCUGUCUGUUCAUGCUUAGCAUUUCCUAAGUGCUGGUGAUGAUGAUAUUGAUGAUGCUGUUAGCCACAUCAUUUGGGAUCAAGUGGAAUUAUCUUUGUCCGUUUACAGCUGGCUUUGCUUCCAUUUGAAAAUAGUGCAGGAAUUUGGUUAAUACUACUCCAGAGAUUAGAGAUUAGCACACCUGGUGGACUGCAUCCAAUUUCUGGUACUAUAUUUUAAGAGAGACUUUAAUGACUUGAAUCAUAUCCAGAGAAGAGUGACCUGAAUUGCUUUAAGGACAUGGGUUUCUUCGGUAUGGAAGAAACAAAACUUAGAGAAAGGCUAGCAUAAUCAAUAACUUGCAGGGCUGCCCUAUGGGAUGUAGAUUAGAUUCAUUUUUUUUUUAUUUCUAAAAUAGAAUUGGUUAAGAUUAGAAAGAAACAAAUAUCUCAGGCUACCAUGAGAUGGAAAAAUCUAUUUACUCCUAGGACUUUUAAAAAAUGUAAUAGGGUGGCUGGGCGCAGUGGCUCACGCCUGCAAUCCCAACACUUUGGGAGGCCAAGGCGGGUGGAUCAUGAGGUCAGAAGUUCAAGACUAGCCUGGCCAAGAUGGUGAAACCCUGUCUCUACUAAAAAUACAAAAAUUAGCCGGGCAUCGUGGCGGGUGCCUGUAAUCCCAGCUACUUGGGAGGCUGAGGCAGAGAAUUGCAUGAACCCAGGAGGCCGAGGUUGCAGUGAGCUGAGAUCAUGCCACUGCACUCCAGCCUGGGCAACAGAGCAAGACUCUGUCUCAAAAAAAAAAAUAAAUAAAUUGUAGGGUGACAUAUAAGCAACUGACCUACUAUUUACUAUAUAAUGGUAAUGUCUGUCAGUCACAUCAUUGGGAGGUUUGAGGGCUGUAGGAGGAUGACAGGAUGGGCACUGAAGCCAUCUUUUAUUCUGAGUUAAGAGGUCUUUGAUGAUACCUUGAAAGUGUGGGCAGCUCUAGUCUGGAUUAAGAGUGAAAUAGUGGAGUCAAGAGAUAAUAUUAUAAAGUUUGUCAAAGGCAGAAUGACAGGCUUUUGUAAUAGUGUAUUUGGGAGACAGGGAGAAUAUGAGGCCUUCUUUUUUGUAUGUUCUUGAUUUUGUAUAAUAAGCAUAUGUUAAUUCUGCAAUACAGUAUACUAAGUUAUUAACAUGUAAAAAUUAUUUCAUAUUUGAAAUGGUGUAUUUUAAAAGAAUAAUGUGGCAUCAUGAUGGUAAUGUUGGGAUUUCAAGUCAAGAACUUUGGAAGAGGUUUAAUAUUAAAAUUCCUUUCUGAUGCCAGAGUAUUUAAAGAUCACAGGGUUAGCUUUUCCCAAUACAGUAAAAAUCUUUAUUGAUAAGGCCCAUCACUUCUAAGAAAGACACAGCUCUGUCACAGUGCUCACUUUGGAGGAAUGGAAAGACUCAGUGGGAUCGCAGAUUUGUGUGAAAAUAUUUUUAUUCAGUUUCUCCUUCCUUAUGACCAAUAAUUCAUCAAGGUAGGUUAGCAUCAUUGUUUUGACAUCACAGAGUAGAUAUGGAUAAUAAAUUAAAUCCCAGGCAUAAUAUGUAUGAGUAUGUCUUAUAUCUUAAAAAGUACUUUAUAGAUAUGUAAUCAGUAGAGUGUUAUAAUAUCCUCAUAUUUGAUUUUAGUUUCAAAAUCAGGGGCCAUUGGUCUCAUAGAUAUUAUGGUGUUUUAUAUCUUCUGGUUUCAGUAAAGCUAAAACUGGGUUCAUUUUUUUCCAGAAUGAGAUGACAAUUUGUGCCGAAUUACUUACAUGUUCUACCUGAUAUUCUGAGUAUUCACACUGAAACAAUUGGCCUGAGUAGUAUAGCCUAGUAUUGGGGUAGAAUUUCCUUAUCAAUAAAAUGAAAAUCACUCUGUUAAAUAUAUUUAGUAAGUAUUUUGUUUAAGAGGCUACCUGGCCCUUUUCUAUUAUUGACACCAUAGUGAAAUGGAACAGAUACAUCUGCUGUGGUGAGGUGGAGUCCUCUCCACUAAAUUAGGAGCUAGCAUCAGGAUAUUAAAGAGGUCUUUUUAGAGUAUAUUCAGGUAUGAGUAUUUUAAAUGUCACAGGAAGGUGGAUGUGAUGUGCUUUUAUCCUAUUUAGUUUUUGUUUAGAAUUUUCUCUUUGGUUUCAGGCGAAAAUCUCCAAAAGUUUUUUUCAAACAAAACAUUAUUGAAGAAUUGAAAAAUAACUAUUUUCAUAAUGCAUGUAUCAGAGUUCCCCAAAACACUUCUGAUAAAAUUUCAUAGCAAAAAUAUCUCCAAAUUUUAUGUUUUUCAUAACAGAAGAGAUAAGUUAAUACUAUAAAAAUGCAUCCUCAAAACUGAGCUUUCAAAAAUGCUGUGACAUAAUGCACUUUUUACUCUAAUAAUCCAAAUUAGACUACCUUAUCUUAGAUAAUAUUAAUAAAACUUUGCUUCUUAGGAGAGCACAAUGAUAAGAAACUAUAGAAAAUCUAGAAUGGAUACCUGAUUUAUGUGGCUCAGUACAUCUACAAAUACUCUUUCUUUACGUUUUGAGUUCAACGUUCCAAUUGGAAACAUAAUAGAGAAGAUUUUAAAAAUAUUAUCUGAAGAAAGUGAUAUAAAAAUCUAGGUAGUUAGAAGUAUGUCUGGUAUUAUACAAAAUAUAGUCUAAGGAAAUUAGACACAGUACUUUUUUUGCUUUUUCCUAUAUCUGUUUAUAUACUCAUUAAACUCUAUGUAACAUAUUUGUGAAAUUUCUGAAAAAGAAAUACAAUUGACAGUGGAAACAGAACUAGGUCAAUCUUAAAAUCAAAGACAUCAAUCACAAUUUUACAUUACAUUUGGGCUUCUAUAUACAAAAUUACCCAGAAUACUUAGGCUCUCUUUCCUUUAUUUGUCCUUUGGGGAGACAGUAGAAAGCUGGAGUGACAUUUUGGCCAUCUACGAAUCUCAUAGGAGAUGUAUUUUUAAAAUAUCUGAAAUUAGAUAUCAAUCAAAUACUGGACUAUAAUAACUGUGAAGAUAAAGGGUGUUUGUUUCUGAGAGUACGCUUAUGAGGCUUUUGAGUAUGUGUGAUUUCAGAUUAGGGAAGGUUUAAGAGGGUGGAGUGUAGAGUGUGCCUAUGUCUAUUUUCUUUUGUCUUUUAUUUCCCACGUCUUCUCAUAUUUCUACCUCUGGAGGAAGCUGGGUGCUAGACUACAUAGGGAGUUAGGAUUGAAAUAUGACGAAGAAAUCUUUGUACCCUUAUAAAUUAAUUCUGGUCUUUUAAAUUUGGCAUAGUCAUUUUUUCCUAGGAUAUUGGUUUCUAACAUGGUUAGCACAAAAUAAAGUUUGAUUUUUACCCACCUACUGAUUUUUCUUUCUGAAGCCAGCUCCUGCUUUGUCCUUCAGAACUUUCUCCCAGUUGCCUAGCACUCUGUCAUUACUAAAAAUUUUCAGCCUAUUAGUAUCUUCAUGCCAUCCCUAAUCUACCUUAACAUUUCUCUGCCCUCUAAUUGGGAUAUUGUGUAAAGAUUGUCUUAGCUCUGAAUUAGAAGCCUUUCUGGACUACGUUACAAUAACUGAGAAUGUUGUACUCCCCCCAAAUAUGUGUAAUCGUCCCUCUGCCUAUCAUACUUUUGUUUCCCUGAAUUGCAAUUGCCAGAUUCAUUUGUUGGUAUUUACCUUUUCACUCUAAGUUUUAGGAUGUCAGGAGAUUUGUCUAUUGCAGUCAAUGUUGAAUCUCUAGUAGCUAAUAUUUUGUCUGGUACACAGUAGAUCUUCAAUAAAUGGUGUGUGAAUAAAGCAUGGGCCACUCCUUGCUUCCCUGCUUAGAAACCUUGCUACUAUUAGACCUGAUCCUUGGAAGGAGCACUAACAUACAAAUGACUCAUUAAAAUAACAACAACAGUAACAACAACUAAGCUUGGCCAUAUCAUUUGGGAUGAGAACAUAGGUCAACAUAGUGACUUUAGUACUCGUUGAAUACUGAGGAGCGUCUUUAUACAUGAAAAUAUUUCUACAUGUCAAUUUAAUUCCAUAGAAUCUCAUUAACCUAAGAAAGUCUUUUAAAGAACCACCUUCUUUCUUUCACUCAGACAUAUAGAUGAUCACCUUCCUCUAUGGGUAGCUAUAGAUUUUAAUCACACAGAUAACUUUGAUGGUGUCCAGUUUUUAUUUAAACUUUUUGCUACCUCUUUUAUCAAUAUGCAAUCCCUGUCAUCUAAACUAUAAUAAAUAAUUUUGUUCUCUUGAACUACAUUAUACAAUUUAUAAAGUAGAACUCCUAAGAACCCAAGAUUUGCAAUAAAUUACACGUCAGUCAACAAAGCUAAGCAUUAUCAGCUCACAAUGACAUCUGACUCUCUAAGCUGUUGGUGUUGAUGUGGUGUUCUGAGUUUCCCAUGCCUAUAGUGUCAGUACUCACAAGGAUGAAAAUGUUGAAGAGAAGUUUCUGUCUUCUCAAACUUCACUUUUUAUGCAGGAUGUACCUUCUAAGAUUGAGUUAUUGUGCAUGAUAAGUGUAAUCGGAGAGUUGGCAAGCAGGUUAAACAUAAUUGACCAUUCUGUAUUUUCCUGUAAUGGACUGAGAAAGAGAAGAGCUUUAUAGAUUUGGAAUGUGAAGUAGAUGCAUGGAAAUAAUUGCAGAAAAAUUCUUUUAAAAGUCCCUAGCCUUACAUCUACUUGGAACUUCAUGUAUAUUCCUAUUUUAAAGGUUUUAUUUAUAAGAAUAUGCAUAGGUUUUCCUUUCUUGAUAAACUAGUGUUCUUUGUGUUUGGCAAAUAAAUAGUAACUGCAGUUUGACAAAUAAAGACUCUUUAUCCCCAUUUUCUGAUGUGAAACUGAGAUAGGAAUAUUAUAAAAGAACAUACUGAUGGGGAGAGUUAGAAGAUAAUAGGAACAAUUAACGAGUCUAAUGUACUAUUGAUGGAUUGUUCCCUCUCCAAAAAAUCACCUAUUAGUUAUUGUUGUGAGUUAUGGCAUGCUUAUAAAGUUCCUGUUAUUAUUUCUCUUGGUGUUGAGUCAUUUGGUUUUUUAUUUUUAUGCUCUAUGUUAUUAUUUUUGUUACAGUUAAUAUGCAUUCAUAUUAACUAUAUGAAUAUAUAGUUCGUAUGUUUUCUUGGGGAAAAAUACUUAAAUACUUCUCUGAGACUGAUAUAUAAAUUGGAAUGUUAAUGCUGAACUCAAAGAAAUUUCAUGAGGAUCACAUAAAUUGGGUUGUAAUUAUGUAAUGUAUUAUACACAUUUAUAUGUAAUAUAUAUUACAUUAUACAUGUACAGAAAGAGAUGUGCAGGCCUGUCUAUCAGCAUGCCUGACAUAUUGUAAGAUGGCAAAUGUUCAUUUUCCCACACCUCUUCUUUAGAUCUGAAGUGGAUUUCCUAAGAGCACAGCAAAUUGUUAAUCUGGCACAUAUUCACAAUUUAGUGAAUGUUUCCUUCUUUUCUUCCUUUCCUUUUUCCUUCCUUCUUAAUUUGUAAUCUUUCUACUCAAGUAAAUAUAAAUGCAUGUUUAUCCAAACAUAAUAUGUUAAUAAUAUAUUUAUUAUGUUCUAUGCGUGCAUCAACAGAAUAUCUCAAGCGUUGCAUGGUCACUUUAGGACUGAGCCUGGACUGUGGCACACAUAAUCCACUGGAAGGAAAACCUAAUUCCCUUUAGCCUCACACAGUUAUUUUUGUUGUGGUUCUUUUUUUUCUUCACUGCAAUCACUUAAUUCCUAUUGAUUUGUGUGGAAAAUAUAUUGUUUGUAGAAAGAAAUGAAUCUUUUUUUUCUACUUUUAAAAUGCAUUUUAUAUAUGCCAUAUCCGUGGUUUGAAGAAAUAUUUUUACACUCAAGGGUUUGAAUUGACUUGUUAGCAUCAUAUACUUAUAUGAAUUCAUGCAUUUUAUAUGUAAAUUUUUUUUAAAUCUUGAAAAAAUAAGUGAUUUAAUAUGAAAGUUCUAUACUAGAAUUUUGUUUCAUUGAUUAAUUUACUAGGAAAUAGGGAUAGGAAGGUAAGAGCUUUAAAGUUGUUUUGGAGACAUGAUUUCUUGUUUUUUAUUUAAUAGGUGACUCUUCUCUGAAACCAUUAUUAAAGAGAUGUUUACUAGAGGUAUCUGACCUUAAUCCCAGUUCUAAUAAUGAAUUUCAAUUUUAUAUCGUAUUCUUUUGAAAGACCAUUUGGGUGUGUUUAGCUAUAUUGCUUUAAUAAUGAUACCUCUGUUGGUUUAAGAACUAUUUCUGUCUUUACCAGCCUUGAGUCUAGUACCACAAAUGACAGGGAGGUUAUUUUAUUACAGCCUGAUUCUCUCAGUGUGAGGAUUAAGAGGGUUAAUUUAUGUUCCAAGCUCACUCCAUUAUUUGUUCCAGAGGCUGGUAAACAUUACAAAGGAGUAUCACAAUUGGAUUUUGAAUCAAUAACUUCAGACACUGAACCAUAUAUUUUAAUGAGAAGCUGGAUUUUCUUUACAAUGGUCACAUAAUACUAUUAGUUUCUUGGUGAUGUAGUAGAGUUAGAAAAGGUAAAUAUAAACACACAAAGUACUGUGAGGUCUCCAAAUGUCAUUGUAGCUCAUCCUUCUAAAAGGCUUACUAAGGUCAACCACAAUUCUUUUUGCUAUGCUGUUACUCUGGGCCACUUCUCAAUAAUUUUGAAAUUGUGUAUGAUACUAGCUUUGAAUUUAUCACUUAUUUGAAUUCUUCAGUUUGCUCCUAAGAAAAAGUCCUAUUGACAUAUCUGUGAGUUAUUUACACCCUUAGUUGGUAUAUGCUCUAUGGCUUAUUUCAAAGAUGAGCUAGGAGCCUUCUGAGAUGUAUAUACAGUGAACUAGAAUAGGUAAAUUCAAAUCUCUGUAGGCUUGUCUCUUUUUAGUAUGAACAAAAAGGAAUCAUGUUCUAUUUCAUAUGAUGUCUUCUCACUUGAGAAUACUAAAUGCAUACUACUCAAUUCAUGAGCCUUCUGUGUAUAUUGUAAAUGAAAUGUUUUGGCCAAAUUUUGGAAAUAAUCUAUAUUCUGUAAUAUUCUUUUUAAAAGUUUUUUCUCUUAAUAAUUUUUCUUAUAAUUGGAUAUAUAUUUUAUGACUGUUAAUAUUAACUCUGAUUUUGCACUUUGCUCCUCUGUAAAAAUAAUAUUUUCCUUUUCCUUUAGAAGAAUAACAUAAAUCUAGGCCAUGGUCACUCUUAACACUCAAGUCCUUACUUUUCAAAUGAACAGAUAAAAGUAGUCACUAUUGUGUGAAAAACUGGAGUCAGUUCUGUCUUUUCCCAAAACUCCAUGAUACUGAUUGUAGCUGUUUCUAGAUGUGGCAUUCCAGUACAACGCUGUAGUUCUCCCAAGCAACGACCUAGUUAGCAAUGCAUUCGUUAGGGUAAAAUGAUAUAUAGAAGCAAAGCUGUAGUGAAAAUAUUAGCAUCUGAAAGAGAAGAUCAUUGUAGUCUUUUCUGUUUAAUUGAUUGCAAAAUAUCCUUUUGGGACCCUUAAAUAUAGUAAUAUAUAAUGGUAAUAAUAUAUAUAACAUAUAAUAUAGUAAAUAUAAUGGUGACAACUAUAUUCUUCACAAAAAUUUUUACUUAUUUGCUAUAAUGUCGUGGGAAAUUUGAGGAAAAAGAUUCGAUCAAAGAAAAUAUAGCCACAAUUUAGUUACUAUUCAUUACUCCCUAUCCUCCUAGAAAAUCAGCAUUGUGAUGAAGCCCAAGAUACUGUGAAUGGUGACAUAUAUAAUUAGAAUUAUUUCCUCAUAUUUUUGAUGGCUGUGAGAUAUGUUAUUGAGAUUUUUUCACUCCUUAAUACAUGCAUACUUUUAAACUUUUUAGUUGUUUUUAUUGUUUGCUUUAUUAGCUUCUGACACAUUUUGGAUUUUUCAUCUAAAAUGUUAAUCUCUGAAAUUUUAAGACUAUCCUUUAUAGUUAUUGGAACAUCUUGUAAGGGUUAAUGUGGAUAGAGUAAGUUGGUUCUCCUCCUUGUAAAGAUAUGUAGACAUUUUGUCUAUGCUAGAUAAACCUUUUUGAAAUUCACUUCUCAUUUUCUCUUUGAGUUUGAAAUAGGGGUCACAUAACAGGUAUCCAUGUUUUACGCAUAGAAAUAAUUUAUGGUAACUAAAUAUGCCUCUUUUUUUUGAGAUGGAGUCUCACUCUGUUGCCAGCAUGGCAUGCAGUGGUGUGAUCUUGGCUCACUGCAACCUCCGCCUCCCAGAUUCAAGCGAUUCUCCUGCCUCAGGCCCCCGAGUAGCUGGGACUACAGGCAUUCACCACCACACCCAGCUAAUUUUUGUAUUUUUAGUAGAGACGGAGUUUCACCAUGUUGGCCAGGAUGGUCUUGAUCUCUUGACCUUGUGAUCCACUCACCUAAGCCUCCCAUAGUGUUGGGAUUACAGGCUUGAGCCAUCACACUCAGCCUAAAUAUGCCUCUUAAUUUAGCCAGUCUAAAGAAUACUAUUAGGCUAGUUUCUGCAGAUAUAGUGAAUAAAAUCAAUAUUACAUUUGAAGCAAGCUUUUACAUCAAAAUUGUGAUGAGUAAAACAUUUUAGACCAAGAAAAAAACCUUGUAUUUUUUCUGAGCAUUAUCAUUUUGUGAAAGUAUGAAUGAUUAAGGCUGGGACUUUACCAAAUUACACAGUUAACAUGUAUUUGUGAAAACACUGAUAAAGAAAAUAAACCAGAAUAUAAUCUAGUAGAAUAUAAGUUUUAGAUGGUCGAAAAUUUGUCCUAUUUAUUUCUCUUUUUCCUGUGACUAAUAGCCAUACAAUAAAUGUUUAUUGAAUAUAAACAAAAGAUAAUUAAAUGAAUAAACUAAGGAAUUAUUUUAAACUUAUGCUUGUUUGUGUGUAGUUUUACUUAAAAACUUUUUGUCUAAUUAGAAUAAAAACUUUAACACUAAAAUAAGUAUUAAAUGACUAGUAUAUGUACCAUAAAUCUGUUUCAUUUCUUUCUUGGUGAAAUGGUUAGCAUAUGUCUGCCAACCUGUUGCUGCUUAGCUUUACUGACAAUUAUAUACAUUAUAAAAUACAUAUUUUGUUUUGCACUGUUUUUAUAUAUUUUUGUAUUCAAUUGAGUAUGCUUAUUGUUAGAAAAUCUUAAUUUUAUUUUGUAGUAUCAAUUAUAAAAUAUGUAAUUCUUCAAAAAUUAUUUUUGUGCCAAGGUGUUUUUCUCUAUACAAGGUGAGCAGAUUAGGUAGCAUUCAUACAGCUAUAAACUUUAGCGUUUUAUUUGUUAUAGGUAAAGUUGUGUUUUGCAACAAGAACAUCCAUAUCAUAUCACAAAAUUGUAAGUUAAAUGGUUUGAGUACUUUGACCAAUGCUUAGUUUUAUGUGAGGAUUAAGAGGUAACAGAGAGAGUAUGAAACACCAUUUUCAUUGAAGCAGAUGUCUUUUCUCUCUCACCGGAAUUUUAUAUUAAAAUUUAAGCAAAUCAGUAGGUUCAUGAUUUGCCUUGAGCAUCUGUAUAUUUUUGGUUGUAACAGAAAUACUUCAUUUUAAUGCUCACUACUAGAUGUCUAUUCAGAAUGCAUAUUUCUUAACAAACUUUAAAAGAAAUAUGUAGAUUAAAAUGAAUUCCCAGUGCUAUGAUAUGUUUGUGAUACUUCUUCAGGCAGAUAGGUUUCAAAGAAACAUACAAGGUACAUGCUCAAGUUGUUACUGACCUAUACUAUGCCUGCCUCCUAAUAGGUUGUAUUUUGGCUCCUAUGUUUUUGACAAAUAGCUGAGCUCUGUAAAGCUCUGUUUGUGGUGCUGAAACCUCUCAUGAUGUAUGAGCAUGUCUGGCUGAUAAAUUCUAACGUCAGCCUCUGUGUGAUAGUGAUUCAUCGGGUUGUAAAAUUUGUGUUUGAGAAACACGUUGAAUUAGCAAGUUUCAUAUUUUCGUUGUGUUAAAUCAACUCAAUUUACCCUCUUGUUUUAAGAAGUUCUUAACAAUUGCCUUCCACAUUGUCAAAAACAGCUAGGAUUUAACUGGAAACUGUCAAUGCUAUCACAAAAUAAAUGUCUAAUAUUAACAAAUAAAUUGAUAUGACUACAGUGCUGGAAAUGUUUAUAGGCCAGUGAGAUGUUGAUAUUAUGCAGAAAGCUAUUGUAAGAAAAGUUAAAAGUUGCUUAUGAGCAGACACAGUAGCAAUUAACAUGAAAGCUUUGUAACUUUGAGAGAUAAACAAUUUGCCUAUAAAAACUGUGGUAUUUUAUUGUCUCAGAAUGUUUGCUUUGUACAAAAAUACUUCUAUUUUUGCAGGACUGUGGGGGUUUGUUUGUAAAAAUGAAUGAAAUCCUCAAAAAUCUUAAUUCUCUUUUUUUUUAAGUGAAAUCCGUAUAUUCCCUAUAUAAGAUUUUUAAAUGACUACUAAUGUAUUUGGCACUUCAAUUCAAUGAUUUGUAAUCUUUUAAGCUGUGGGUUUCCAGUGCCUUAAAUAUAUUUUUAGAGGACUGGACUAAAAAUUAAAUUCUUAAUUGUUUCUUUUACUUUAAAAUAGUUUCAGAAGCUUUUCCUUUAGUUAACAUCAUUCCUCUUAAAUUUGUGUCAAACUCUGAAAGUAUCUGAAUUGUGUCAUUUUUAUAUUGGAGUGAGCUAAAUAAAAGAAAUUGCAGAAAGUCGAACCUGUUCAACUUCUACUACUAAUGCUAUAUGUUUUAUGGUGUAAUUUUAAAAUCUUAGUGUUGGACUGAAACAUGUUGUUUCCUUGCUAUGUUUCAAUAUAGUAAAUUAUUAAGUUAUUUGCUUGUUACUUCAGUGAAGCUCCUUAACUGUUUUGAAUCAGAGAGAGAUUUGAAAAUUAUACCUAGAGCAUAAGUCAUAAUGAAAUUUGGCAAUAGUUUCUGCAAAGCAGGCAGCCUAGACCUGGCGUGGUGGCUCAUGCCUGUAAUCCCAAUACUUUGGGACACCGAGGUGGGCAGAUCAUAUGAGGCCAGGAGUUCGAGAGCAGCCUGGCCAAUAUGGCAAAACUUUUUCUCUACUAAAAAUACAAAAAUUAGCCGGAGAUGUAGUCACAUGCCUGUAAUCCCAGCUACUCUGGAGGUUGAGGCAGGAGAAUUGCUUGAACCUGGGAAGCGGAGGCUGCAGUGAGCUGAGGUUUUGCCACUGCACUCCUGCCUGAGCAACAGAGGGAGACUCCAUCUCAAAAAAAAAAAAAAAAAAAAAAGCAAGCGGCCUAAAACUAAGCUACUGCUAAUUAUUAAAAUAAGACUUUAUGUUGCUCAGAUACUGAAUUUAUAUUAUCUCAACCUAAUAAUUUAAUCUACUCCAAAAGCUACUUGUUAAAAAAAUCCUUAAGUGAAUACAUAAUUUCCUAGAGUUUCUGUCAAUAGUUAAAGGGUUAAAUACAAAUUAUGAUUGCUAUUUAAUAUUGAUUAAAUGCUUUCUGAAAUCCAUAUUUGAGGCUUUAUAAAAAUGUAGGUAGUCCCAUCACCCAAGAAAAGU